AUGAUGAUGAAGACUAUAUUUUGUUUACUUUCUGUUUAUUUGGCAUUGACAAGUGCAUUUUAUUUGCCUGGUGUAGCACCAACUACUUAUGGGAAAGGUGAUGAAAUUCCAUUAUUGGUUAACCAUUUAACCCCAUCAUUAAAUUUCCAACAUAAGGAUGACCAAGGUAAUGACAUCAAAGGUAACAAGGAACACUUUUUAUAUUCCUUUGAUUAUUACUUUCCAAAAUUGCAUUUUUGUAAACCUGAACAUGUUGAAAAACAGCCUGAAUCUUUAGGUUCCAUUUUGUUUGGUGAUAGAAUCUAUAACUCCCCAUUCAGCAUUAAAAUGUUAGAAAACCAAGAAUGUACUUCUUUAUGUAAGGUCACAAUCCCAGCUGAUGAUGCAAAAUUCAUCAACAAAUUGAUCAAGAAUGGGUUCUUCCAAAAUUGGUUAAUUGAUGGGUUACCAGCUGCUAGAAAACUUCACGAUGUUAAAACAAAAUCCGAUUUUUAUGGAACUGGUUUCCCACUUGGUAAUGUCCAUGUCAGACAAGCUGUUGGCGGUUUGGCAAGUUCAAAAUUGAAUCUUGAAAAUCCAGCCCGUGAAGCUAAGAAUGUUAACAAUAUGGUUCACAAUGUAGAAAUUCCAUUUUUGUUUAAUCAUUAUGAUAUUAAUGUCGAGUACCAUGACCGUGGUGAAGGAAACUACCGUGUCGUAGGUGUUACUGUCGAUCCAAAAUCAAGUACUGGUGAUAUUUGUACCAAGAAAUCCGGUGGUUUAAUUUUACUCGAAACUGAAGAUAAUGAGGUUCAAUUUUCAUAUUCUGUCAGAUUCAUUCCUUCUGAAACUGUUUGGGCUACAAGAUGGGAUAAAUACUUACACGUUUAUGAUCCAACCAUUCAAUGGUUUUCUCUGAUUAAUUUUUCUGUAGUUGUCAUACUGUUAUCCAUGGUCGUUAUUCAUUCAUUAAUGCGUGCCUUAAAAAGUGAUUUUGCUCGUUACGAAGAAUUCAACUUAGAUGACACUUUUCAACAGGAUUCAGGAUGGAAAUUGGGUCAUGGUGAUGUGUUCCGAAUCCCUGAUAAAUCAAUGCUACUUUCUAUCUUAGUUGGUUCAGGUACGCAACUGUUCUUAAUGGUUGCAGUUAGUAUCUUCUUCGCUGCUAUUGGUAUCCUGUCACCAAGUUCCAGAGGUUCGCUACCAUCGGCAAUGUUUAUCCUAUAUGCAUUGUUUGGUUUCUGUGGUUCUUAUGUGUCAAUGGGUGUUUACAAGUUUUUCAACGGUCCAUACUGGAAGGCUAAUAUGAUUUUAACUCCAAUUCUUGUUCCAGGUUUACUAUUCAUUUCUAUUGUAGGUCUGAACUUUUUCUUACUAUUUUCUCGUUCUUCUGGUACAAUUCCACCAACUGCAUUAAUUUUUGUUAUUGUACUAUGGUUCAUUAUCUCUAUCCCAUUAUCUUUAGCAGGUUCUUUAAUUGCCAAUAAGAAGUGUAACUGGGGAGAACAUCCAACCAAAACAAACGAAAUUGCCAGACAAAUCCCAUUCCAACCAUGGUACCUAAAAACUGUUCCAGCUACUUUGAUUGCCGGUCUUUUCCCAUUUGGUUCUAUUGCUGUAGAAUUGUACUUCAUUUACUCUAGUUUGUGGUUCAAUAAAAUCUUCUACAUGUUUGGAUUCUUAUUUGUUUCAUUCUUAUUGUUAACCUUAACCACUACCCUAGUUACCAUUUUAAUUACUUAUUACUCGUUGAAUUUAGAGAACUGGAGAUGGCAAUGGAGAUCUUUUAUUGUUGGUGGUGUUGGUUGUGCCUUUUACAUUUUUGUGCAUUCCAUUAUUUUUACUAAAUUCAAGUUAGGUGGCUUUACUACAAUUGUAUUGUAUGUUGGUUACUCUUUGAUCAUAUCUGCUCUAUGUGCUGUGGUCACAGGUGCAAUUGGUUUCAUUAGCAGCAUGCUAUUUGUCAAGAAGAUUUAUUCAUCUGUUAAGGUUGAUUAA